AUGAGCCAACCAAUGAACAUCAUGGGCGGGCCCACUCCCAAUUCCGGCACGCCAAACAACGCGUCCAGCGGGGACAUGUCCCGCCAGAAGCUCAACACAUAUAUUUACGACUACUUUCUCAAGCACGGCAACCAUGAAGUCGCCCGUGCCAUCCUCAAGACUGUCGAUCUCGACCUUGAUCCGCACCAGAGCCCGGAUCGCAAAGACAUCAAUGGCUUGAGCGACUCGAUGGACACCGACUCCAAGGACAACAACAAGAAGCCCGACGACCUUCCUUCACCCAACGUGCCGGCCGCUUCAGACGGCAGCUUCCUGUACGACUGGUGGCACCAGUUCUGGGAGUGCUUCAAUGCCCAACACGGUCGAGGCAACAACACGCAAACCGCAAAGUAUCUGAGCAACGUCCAGGCCCGAAUGGCCAGCGAGCGACAGAGGCUGAUGCGCGUCGAUCCCCAGAUGCAAGCCAAUAUGGCCAUGCGCCCCGGCAUGGUUGGCCCCAGCAUACCAGUACCCCCCGAGAUGGCCAAGAAGUUUGGCCUUCAACCAGGUCGUCAACCUACACAGCAACAGGUGGUACAGAUGCAGCAGCAGAUGCGCAUGCAACAGAUGGCACAGCUGCAGCAGAACGCCAUGCAGAGAGAAGGUUCGACCAUGGAGCAAAGGCCCACGUCUCCUGGCGGCGGCGGCGACGCUGCUCCAUCGCCCAAACGCCAACGACUGGACGGCAACUUCAACGGCGCUAUGGGCCCUAUGGGGCGUGGUCAGCCUCCGGGCAUGCCCGGGCAACAGGUCUGUCUUUCCCCCUCGAUGCGCACAUGGCCACGGACGCUGACAAGACGNCAGAUGGCCAACCCUCAGGCAAAAGCCAUGCAACAGGUAUAUGCCAACUCCAUGCGCCAGCAUAUGCAAUCCGCCAUGGAUUCUAACGUGGACAAGGGGUUGAUGCCUAACGGAGCGCCUCAGAUGGCACAGGAUCCCAACUCGGCCGAGUUCUUCAACACGCAGAUGCGUCCUAUGCCCGGCCAGGCGCCGCCCAACGCCAAUAGCAACCACGCCCUCCAGGACUACCAGAUGCAGUUGAUGCUGCUAGAACAGCAGAACAAGAAGCGCCUGCUGAUGGCCCGUCAAGAGCAAGACAACAUGACCAACGGACCCAACGGCCCUGUGCCUGCUUCUGGACAGCCCCAAAACUUCGCCCCGGCCAUGUCGCCCUCCAACAGCAGGGCUGGGCCUUCUCCAGGCCCCAACGAGCAGAUGCGACGCGGCACUCCCAAGAUGGCUCCCGGUGUCGUCCCCUCGCCCACCGCCGACGGAGGUAUGCCCGGCCGCGCAUCUCCUGCUCCCGGCCAAUUCGAUCCCAACAACCCCAUGAACCCGGCCAUGUUCCCCAUGGCCAUGAUGNNAAAAGGUCCCAAUGGCCAGAUUAUGCAGCCUCCCAGCUCGCAUCCUGCCUUUGCUCAGAUGAACCAGCAACAACAGAUGGACAUGUACCGCCAGGCUCAAGCACGCAACGGCCAGGCACAGAUGGCCAAUGGUUUCAUGCCCCAGCCAGGUCCCAUGAUGGGAGGCCAGCCUCCACCACAACCACCCAACAUGACUCCCCAGCAGCGCAAUGCCGCUAUGCCUCCUCCGCCCGCUCCUGGCAACGACGGUCCAAGAGCUGGCACCGGUCCAUCAUCACCCUUGCAGAACCAAGCUCCACCCACGCCCUCGCAAGCNGAACAAGCCCAAUACCAAGUCCAAAAAGGACAACUCCAAGGCGGCGAACAAGGUAAUGGUUACAGAGCAUUCUUGGUACUUUCUGGCGCUAAUUUUUGUCUUCAGGGUGGCAAGAAGGGAACAACUGGUGCUACUCCUCAAGANGUCGACCGAACAACCCCCGACCCCAACUCCAGCACCACCAAUUACGCCCCAGCCCACUUCAGCUUUCCCCCAAAGCCAAAUCAGCCCCCGAACCAGCAGCAACAAUCCAAUGCGCAAUCCGGCAUGCCUGGCCAACAAAAUCCUGGCGGCGACAUGUCCAACAUCGGAGCUCCAUUCGGCAAUAUGGACGACAACUUUGGCAGCAUUGGCGGCAUUGAUUUCGAAAUGGGCGGCCCAGAUGUGCUCGACAAUUUCGAUUUCGACUCUUUCCUCACAACUGAUGGCGGCGCCGACGGCUUCAGUUUUGAUCCUAGUGGCAUGAACUUUGGCACCGAUGGCGGACUCGAAGCAGGUGGUGACCUUUAA